CGUGGUCGCCAGCAGGAGUACAACUAACAACACAGUCACAACUUCGCCGAUAAGACGCUCCCUGUACUGACGUCUGCGGUGGCACUUUUUGGGUUCGUUUCAGUGACACAAAACAAUGGACAUGCUGUAGCCUUAUAGAAAACAAGGCUCAUUGGGACCAGCUUGGAUCCAGUGGAGUUCCAAAGGUUCCAGUUACCCUUCAGGCUCUGCCAUGGACUUCUUUAAUGACCCCAACCUCUUUGUUGGGGGUUUGGAAGGGCUGGAUGAGGAUGGCUUUCCUUCAGCACCAUCACUUGUGGAUGAGCUAAACCUCAGUACUGACUUUGAGCCCCUCCAAGUGGAUCCUCUAGGCCCAGGGAAACACCAAGACAUGAUGCCACCAGUUUCUACCCAACAAACCAUGCCUACUUACAGUGAGCAGAUGGGUCACUACAUUGGCAUUAAGGCACAGAAUCCUAUUGGGCAGCCAUUUUCUGGUCUAGGUGGCACAAGUGGUGGAGACAGUGGCGUGAUUGCAGACCAACAUGGCCAGUACCACAAUGCCGCUGUAAGCCAAGUACCUCAAUCCAAUGGGCUGUUCUGUAAUAGUAGCAGUCCAAUGUGGGGCAACCAAGACCAGAAUGGAAAUAUGUACCACCCUAUAUCUCAACAGCGGCAACAGCAGCACCAACAGCUUUGUCAUCAGCAGCAACUGCACAACCAGCAACUUCAUGUCAGACAACAAGCAACACAGCAGCAACAGCACCACCCUUACCAUCAUCAGCAGGAGCAGCAGCACAGAAUGCGGCAGCAGCAGCAGCUGCAACAACAGCAAAGUCAUCAGCAGCAGCUGUUAAACCAGCGCCAGCACCAACAAAUUAACACACAGACUAUGUCCCUGCAGCAACCGCAGCAUCACAAUUUCUCCUUUCAACCGGGAGGUCAAUCUCAGAGCCAACAGCAAGUUCACCAUGCUCAGCAGCAGGUUCAGCACCAGCUGACUGUAGGAGGGCCAAGGUUCCAUUCAAGGGCUCUAAGUAAGUCUUAUUUGGAUAGUCAAAAUGCUUCUCUGAGUGGGACUUGCUUACAACCACAGCAACAGCAGAGUAGCUAUCAGUUGACCAGGGGAGGUCAAGUCUUCUCUGGAUCAGGACCAGAGGAUCCUAACCAUCCCUUCCCCAUGCAUUCAUCAUCUAUGGUUCACACCCUGCCCACAUGCUCAGUCAGCUCUGCCACUGCUUACCAACCAGCUCAGUACCCUGCCUACCCUGGAGAGCCGGAAAUAUCCAGUCUCAGUCAGCAGUCUUUGUCCUCAGCAUCAGUGUCUAGGCUCACCACCACCAAUGCACCCCUCACUGCUUCAAUGCCUGAGCUGUCAGGAGCAGUAUGUCAGUUUCCAUCUGCACCAGUUAUGAGUCAGCAGCAUACUGUGGCCCCAGUUAGCCAGGCAGAGCAAUGCCCUUUCCGGGCCCUACGAUGUUCUGGAGAAACCCAGGGGAACUGCAAGUCAUCUGAGAUAUUUGGUGAAUCUAUGAGCUGCUACCCCAGCAUGGCCAGCCAACUGCCCUCUGAGCAGCCUCAGAGCUGCGGGGCCAUCAACACUAAUGGAUACCAAGCACUGGGAGACAACCUCCUGCCAUCGGAGGCUCAGGAUGGAGACUUGGAGGGCCUGGAGCCUCCGGACCUCCUGCCCGACCUACUGCCCCAGCUGGAGGCUGCUCUCAGCCAACAGGACGAAUCCAGUUGUUCCUGGGCUGAUUCCAGCCAGGAGAGGGGCCAUGAGCACAGAAAACCACUGCCAGUUGAAUACAAGGAAGAGAAGCCUCGAAAGAACGCUAAUGGUCCCGGUAGCCAGGUACGGGUCCUCAGUCCCCCUAUGAAGAGCAGCUCAUCGUCCUCCUCCUCUUCCUCAUCGUCUUCAUCCUCAUCUAGCUCUUCCUCGGAGAAGAGAACACAGCGGAGGACACAUCAUCAGAUGGAGUCAAAUAUGCAGGACAAGCAGGAGAAGGCAAACAGGAUAAUAUCAGAGGCUAUUGCUAAGGCCAGGCAGCGUGGAGAGAAGAACAUCCCCAGAGUUAUGAGCCCCGAGAGCUUCCCCAGCUCCUCCUCACAGUACAAGAGCCACCGUGACCGCGAGCACAAAGGAAACGGCAAGGCACGGCUCAAAGAGAAGGCCUGUCGAAAGGCCUGCAUUGUACCCUCCUCCAAGCCCAAGCAGAAGGCCAAGAUCGGGAAAAUUGUCAUCAAGAUUGGGAAGAAGAAAAAACGGAAGCCAGAGUCUUCAGAGGAGGAGUCUGAUGAUGACCCUCCCUCCAGACACACUUCUAAAAUUGUGGACUCUAAGAGGCGAUCUAAUCGCCAGGUGAAGAGAAAGAAAUACGCCGAAGAGCUGGAGGCUAGGUUGUCAGAUGAUGAAGUCAAGGUUAUUGUCAAAGCCAAGAAGACCAACACUGCAGCAUCCAAGGAGCCUGCCCUUCAACUCUUUGUAGAGAAUCCCAGUGAAGAGGACGCUGCUGUUGUUGACAAAAUCAUGUCCUCUCGUAUCGUCAAGAAGGAGGUCACUCCAGGAGUGGUGAUCGAAGUGGAGGAGUUUUUUGUAAAAUACAAAAACUACUCCUACCUACAUUGUGAGUGGGCCACAGAGCAGCAGCUGGAGAAGGACAAGAGGAUUCAGCAGAAGAUCAAACGUUUCAAGAUGAAACAAGCACAGAGGGCGCUCUUCUUCGCAGAUAUGGAAGAGGAACCCUUUAACCCUGACUAUGUAGAGGUAGACAGAGUGCUGGAGGUGUCAUAUUGUGAGGACAAAGACACGGGAGAGGAGGUGGUGUACUACCUGGUGAAGUGGUGCUCUCUGCCUUAUGAAGACAGUACCUGGGAGCUAAAGGACGACGUAGAUCAGAGCAAGAUUGAAGAGUUUGAGCAGCUGCAGGCAGUCAAGCCAGACUCACGCAGGGUGGAGCGGCCCCCAGCAAAUCUGUGGAAGAAGAGGGAGCAGUCGAGGGAAUACAGGAAUGGCAACAGCCUCAGGGACUACCAGCUAGAAGGGGUCAACUGGCUCCUCUUCAACUGGUACAACAGACGAAACUGCAUCCUCGCGGAUGAGAUGGGCCUGGGAAAGACCAUCCAGUCCAUCACAUUCCUAGAAGAGAUCCAUCGUGUGGGCAUUAAAGGACCAUUCCUCAUCAUUGCUCCGCUCUCCACCAUUGCCAACUGGGAGCGCGAGUUCCGUACUUGGACCCAUCUCAACGUCAUCGUCUACCAUGGAAGCAUGGUCAGCAGGCAGAUGCUCCAACAGUAUGAGAUGUAUUUCAGGGAUGCACAGGGUCGUGCGUUGCGAGGAGCCUACAGGUUCCAGGCUGUUAUCACCACCUUCGAGAUGAUCCUGGGAGGCUGUCCCGAACUCAACGCCAUAGAGUGGCGCUGUGUUAUCAUCGAUGAGGCCCAUCGGCUUAAGAACAAGAACUGCAAGCUGCUAGAGGGCUUCAAGCUUAUGAAUCUGGAGCACAAGGUCCUGCUGACGGGUACUCCUCUUCAGAACACAGUGGAGGAGCUUUUCAGUCUGCUGCACUUCCUGGAGCCAGCACGCUUCCCCUCAGAAAACACCUUCAUGCAGGAGUUUGGAGACCUCAAGACUGAGGAGCAGGUACAGAAGCUUCAGGGUAUCCUGAAGCCCAUGAUGUUGCGGCGGUUGAAGGAGGACGUGGAGAAGAAGUUGGCUCCUAAAGAGGAAACCAUCAUCGAGGUUGAGCUCACCAACAUUCAAAAGAAAUACUACCGCGCCAUCCUAGAGAAGAACUUCUCUUUCCUGGCUAAAGGAGCUGGCCAGGCAAAUAUGCCCAACCUGGUCAACACCAUGAUGGAGCUGAGAAAGUGCUGCAACCACCCCUACCUCAUCAAAGGAGCAGAAGAGAAGAUCCUCGAGGACUUCAGGGAGGUGUACAGCCCUACUGCCAUCGACUUUCACCUGCAGGCCAUGGUGCAGUCUGCCGGGAAGCUGGUCCUUAUUGACAAGCUGCUGCCUAAGAUGAAGGCCGGAGGGCACAAGGUGCUCAUCUUCUCCCAAAUGGUGCGCUGCCUGGACAUCUUGGAAGACUACCUCAUUCAGAGAAGGUACUUGUAUGAGCGGAUAGAUGGACGUGUUCGUGGGAACCUGCGCCAGGCAGCUAUCGACCGCUUCAGUAAGCCCGACUCGGAACGCUUCGUUUUCCUUCUGUGUACGAGAGCUGGUGGCCUGGGAAUCAACCUCACGGCAGCAGACACCUGUAUAAUCUUUGACUCUGACUGGAACCCGCAGAACGACCUACAGGCCCAGGCUCGCUGCCAUCGGAUCGGUCAGAACAAGGCAGUGAAGGUGUACCGUCUGAUCACCAGGAACUCGUACGAGCGAGAAAUGUUUGAUCGCGCCAGCCUCAAGCUGGGCCUGGACAAAGCAGUGUUGCAGAGCAUGAGUGGCCGAGAUAACAGCCUGGGAGGAGGCGCCGGGGGAGGGGCAGUGCAACAGCAGCUGUCCAAGAAGGAGAUUGAAGAUCUGUUGCGACGUGGUGCAUAUGGGGCCAUCAUGGAUGAGGAAGAUGAAGGGGCCAAAUUCUGUGAGGAGGACAUCGACCAGAUCCUCCAGCGCAGGACAAAAACCAUCACCAUUGAGUCUGAGGGGCGAGGAUCCACCUUUGCUAAGGCUAGUUUUGUUGCAUCAGGAAACCGCACGGACAUCUCUCUGGAUGACCCCAACUUCUGGGACAAGUGGGCCAAAAAGGCUGACAUUGACAUGGAUAUGGUCAACGGCAGAAACAGCUUGGUGAUCGACACUCCUCGUGUCAGAAAGCAGACAAGGCCGUUUAGUGCCACCAAGGACGAGUUGGCAGAGCUUUCAGAAGGCGAAAGCGACAGUGAUGAGACCAAACCUAAGCUCAGGCGAAACCAUGACCGCCUCAACAGCUAUGGACGCACAGAGUGCUUCAGAGUAGAGAAGAACCUGCUUGUUUAUGGGUGGGGUCGGUGGACGGAUAUUCUCAAACAUGGGCGUUUCAAGAAGCAGCUGACAGAGUGGGAUGUGGAGUCCAUCUGCAGGGCCCUGCUGUCUUACUGCCUGGUCCAUUACCGUGGAGAUGACAAAAUCAAGAGCUUCAUGUGGGACCUGAUUGCCCCUACUGAGGACGGGCGCACCAAGGAGCUGCAGAAUCACCUUGGUCUAUCAGCCCCAGUCCCUCGGGGCAGAAAGGGUAAGAAGAUGAAGACCCAGUCCAGCUCUUUUGACAUCCACAAAGCUGAGUGGCUAAGGAAGCACAACCCAGAGCACAUGCUUCAGGACGACGGCUACAAGAAACACCUCAAACACCACUGCAACAAGGUGCUGCUCAGGGUCAGAAUGCUCUACUACCUGAAACAAGAGGUGAUAGGAAGCCAGGCCCAGAAGGUGCUGGACGGCGCAGACUCCAGUGAGAUAAAGAUCUGGGUGCCAGAUCCUGACCACUCCGAGCUGCCAGCCUUGUGGUGGGAUGCCAUCUCUGACAAGUGUCUGCUGCUGGGUGUCUAUAAACAUGGAUAUGAGAAGUACAACACUAUUCGCGCAGACCCUACCCUGUGCUUCAUAGAGCGUGUGGGACGACCAGAUGAAAAGGCCAUCGCUGCCGAGCAGAGAGGCAAUGAUUUCAUGGAUGGGGAUGUAGACGAUCCAGAGUACAAGCCUGCUCCAGCUCUGCUCAAGGACGAUAUGGAGGAUGACGCCUCUUCCCCUGGAGACUUGGUUGUCACUGACAGUGCCGGAGAUGCAGUUCCACUGACAGAAGGUGAAAACAUCUACUGGCCCUCGUCCUCGGUGCUGACAGCCAGGCUGAGGCGUCUGAUCACGGCUUCUCAGCGCUUCACCAAGAGCCGGCAGAUCCUCCAAAUCCACCAGACUCAGUCUCAGUCCCAGCAGACCAUGAUACUGUCAGCUCCACUCUGCCCACUGCCCCCCACACUCAACGACACCCUCAACCCCAAGAUGGCUGCUAAGAUUGAACGCCAACAAAGAUGGACCAGGCGAGAAGAGGCUGAUUUCUACCGUGUGGUCUCCACUUUUGGUGUUGUUUUUGAUCCAAACCUCGGUCGGUUCGAUUGGACCAAGUUCAGGGCCAUGGCUCGGCUGCACAAGAAGACUGACGAGAGCCUGCAGAAAUACCUGUGUGCUUUCACUGCUAUGUGCCGAAGGGUGUGUCGCCUUCCACCCAAAGAGGGAGACUCUGCGGUGGACCCGUCUCUGAACAUCCAGCCCAUUACAGAGGAGCGAGCAUCUCGCACCCUGUACAGAGUAGAGUUGCUUCGCCAGGUGAGAGAACAAGUCCUUCGCCAUUCGUUACUCUAUGAACGCCUGUCGCUGUGCCAAAUGAGCUCUGACUUACCCGUCUGGUGGGAAGCUGGUACCCAUGACCGUGACCUGCUAAUUGGUGCUGCCAAGCACGGCGUCAGCCGCACAGAUUACCACAUUCUGAGAGACCCUGAGCUCAGCUUCAUGGCUGCCCAGCGCAACUACAGCCAAACAAAAGCUGCGCAGCAGCAAUCCCGCACAUCCACCCCGCUUCUAAACCCUCAGUGCCAGGCCACCAGUUCAGUGUUGACAGGCUCUCCGCUACCUCCACCUGCCCAGAGAGACACAGAGCCCUGUGGGGUUGUACCCAAAGUCGAACCAGCCUCAGAGGGGGAAGAGACCAGGGAGAAGCAGGGGGAGAAUUGGAGCCCUCCUCGAGCACCAGCUACUCCCACAGGUCUGGAGGAGAAGCCUGUUUCUGAGGCAAGGGACAGUGAGAGGCAGAUGGUGGCGGCACGAACCAAACCCCUCACACCCAACUCCUCCGAGAGGAAACCCAAGAAGGCCAGCAAGAGGAGCCGCAGGGAGGCUAGGCGUGGCUCGGAGUCUGACUCAGAUGGCUCCUCCUCAAGCUCUUCAUCGCGCUCUUCUUCCUCUUCUUCAUCAUCUUCUUCUUCUUCGUCACAUUCCGGGUCCAGCUCCUCCUCCUCUUCCUCGUCUUGCUCCUCUGGCUCUUCAUCGUCAUCGUCGUCCUCCUCAUCUUCUUCUGAUGACAGCGAUAGUGAGGGUGAGGAAGGGAAGAAGAAAGUGCCUGCAGCAACAAGUGUAAAGGGCUUUGAUGAGGACAGUGUGGCAUCUCUGAGCACCACACAGGAUGAAACACAAGACACCCAUGUGGCUGAGAACGGCAUCACAAGCAACUCCUCGCAUCCUUUCCAGGGAGGAGGGUACAUGCUCGCUGCAUCCUACUGGCCAAAGGAUCGAGUGAUCAUCAACCGCCUGGACAGCAUCUGCCAGGCGGUGCUAAAGGGCAAGUGGCCUGGAACACGUCGGGUCUAUGAGCCUGGAGGUGCAGUGGCCUCCUUCUAUACCACCAAGCUGCUGGACAACGCCAACAGCCUGUGCGAGGACCCCUCUGCCUCGCCACAGGGGUCAAAGGUGACCAAGCAUGUUCCAGAAAACAAGGAGUUCUCAGUAAAACUCAACGAUCAAGAGGGAGGUCUGAAGUUGACCUUCCAGAAACAAGGUCUACCUCUGAAGAGGCCCCUGGAGCCGGAGGAGGGUCCCCAGGCCCAGCAGCAGUACCUAGCCCGCCUUCACGAGCUGCAAAGCGCCUCAGACACAGGCCUGGCUGACAUCACCAAGCCUCAGUGCAGCUUCCAGACUGUGCCUCCAGAUCUGACUGGUCAGAUGAGGCCAAACGGAGUAUUGGAUGGCCAGCCAGUGGUGAAGAAGCGGAGGGGAAGGAGGAAGAACGUGGAGGGGAUGGACCUGCUCUUCAUGAACAGGAGUAGAGUCCCUGCUGUGUCCGAUCAGGUGCCUCCAGGGUGGGGUGGUAUUGGCCAGGUGGGCAUGACUGUGGCCCCUGUGCUGGGCUACAGCCAGAGUUCCAGUCAGGUCCCCACGGACACUGAGAGCAGGGUCCCUGUCAUCAACCUGAAAGAUGGUACCCGGCUUGCUGGGGACGACGCCCCCAAGAGGAAAGAUCUAGAACAGUGGCUGAAAGAGCACCCGGGCUUUGUGGCAGACACAGGAGCCUUCAUCCCUGGGGUAAAUAAGAUGCAAAUGCAGUUCCACUUCCAGGACGGGCGGCCCAAGCAGAAGAGGCACCGCUGCAGGAACCCCAACAAGAUUGAUGUGAACAGCCUGACAGGAGAGGAGAGGGUCCAGAUCAUCAACAGGAGAAAUGCACGCAAGGUUGGUGGAGCCUUCGCUCCUCCUCUGAAGGAUCUGUGCCGGUUCCUUCAGGAGAACCCAGAGUACGGAGUCCCACCUGAAUGGGCUGAUGUUGUCAAGCAGUCGGGUUACCUGCCAGAGAGCAUGUUUGACAGGAUCCUGACGGGACCCAUUGUUCCUGAGGAGGUAAGCCGGCGUGGACGUCGCCCUAAGAAUCCCCUGGCCAAGGCGGCAGCGGCGGCAGCGGCAGCAGCAGCGGCACCCAACCCAGCAGCCUCCGCCCUGGGAUUGAACCCCCUGCUGGCCAACGGCCUCCUCUCUGGAAUGGACCUGACCAGCCUACAGGCCUUCCAGCAAAACCUCCAGAGCUUACAGUCCCUGCAGCUCACCGCUGGCCUGAUGGGGCUGCCGUCCGACGCUAGCAACCUGGCUGCAAGUAACCUAGCUGCUAUGUUUCCCAUGAUGCUGUCUGGUAUGGCUGGAUUGCCAAACCUGCUUGGCAUGAGCAGCUUGCUUGGGAAGCCUGCUCAGGAGGGUGCGGGAAGCUCCGAGGAGAAGGCAAAGGGAGCAGCCAGCAGUGUAGCAGGAGAGCCGUCUGCAUCUAUAGCCCCACCUCACACCUCAGACACCAAAGGAGAAAGGACAGAGGGCUCAAACACAACUCCUUCCUCCACUUCCAGCUCCACUUCCUCUGCCACCGCCCCACAAAGUGCUUCAGCUGCGUCUGCAGCCUCCAGUAACCCACUGUCUCUUAACCCCUUGUUACUCUCCAGUAUGCUUUACCCAGGGAUGCUUCUCACUCCAGGCCUUAACCUUCCUGUGUCUGCCACACAGCCGCAGACCUCAAACACUGACUCCACUCCUCCUCCUCCUCCUGCCGUCUCCCAGUCAUCGUCACAGGAGACGGAGCAGCCAGUGGCAGAGAAGGACGGAGAGGAGGAUGACGAGGAGUUAGAAGAGGCUUUGGACGAAGAAGAAGAAGAGGAAGAAGAAGAAGAGUCAGCAGAACAAAAAGAAAACAGUGGUCCUGAAGGUUCGGGGAAAGCCGAGUCAUCUUCAUCAGAGUCUGGGAGCUCUUCCUCCUCAUCAGAUGAUUCAGACUCCAGUGAUGAGGACUGAUUGGAUGAAUAUAUAUAUAUAAAUUUAUUUAUGUAUCACCUAGAAAUGUAUACAUAUAUUCACAUCUAUAUGGAUUUUCCAGCACUUAUGUUGCGAUUUCUGUACAUGUAAAUAUAAGAACUAACUAAAAUGUUGUGUAAUAAAGACAAAAACUAAAAAAAACACACAAAAAAACAGGAAAAACUGACUUAAAAGGAACUGAAAUAAAAUUUCAGUUUUUGUUCACAAGGUACAGUCUUGUUUUGAGACAUUUUGCAUGUCAGACUUUAGUAGAUUUCUGAACUCUGUGAACUUGUACCACACAAUUAUGUACAAUUGCAACAAAAAAAAGGCAUUAUUGUAAUUAUGUCAGGAUUUAAUUUUAUUAAAAAAGUGAAACUACAUCAACAUGCUCGUUGAGCUGUACUAAUAUAUUUUGAUUGUUGGGGGUUGGGAGAACGACACUUGACAAACACUUUGGUUUCUCUUGUAAAUAGUCCGUACUUUUACAGGUUCGUUGACACUUAUGCUUUGCAGAUCAUACGUUGGAUAUGUCAGCAAUAACUUGGGCAGCUAAUGAAUGUCACUGAAGCUGUAGAUUCUCUGUCUGCCAUGUUCCACCUCUGUGCACAACUCACGCACCCUCACUUACCUGUCGCCUACCUUCAUAUCACGCUGAGAAAUCCACCUCUGCAUUUGUUCGCAUUCCUUGUUGGAAACAGAAUUACCUGAAGCUCCCUCUGGAACAUGGCCUCAAAUUGGGGGAAAUCUGUAGUAUUAUUUUUUUCAAUCAAACACAUAAUGCUUAAAUCCUUCAAAAUGGAUCAGAAUUGAAUUGUCUGCUGUGAUUUCUUCUGUUUAAAGGUUUGGUUUUCCACAUGGAUAUCUAAUUUUAGAAAAAUCCACAUUUUCUCAUCACCUUACAAACAUGUCACAACAUGUCCAAGGCGCACUUUAGCUACUCACAGUAGGCGUACACGCUCAAUUGCAUGUCUGUUGAUUUUGACUACACUGUCUAAUAAACUCUUUGAGUUGUGGGGACAGAAAACAACCUUUUAAAGUGUGCCAAAAACUGCCCUUUGACCCUAUGAGGUCCUGACAGAGUUUUGUGGUCUCUAUGUAGAGGAAGAAUUCAGGAUUCUUGAUUACAUGGAUAUUAUUACUACGACCCCGGCGUAUUUUACUGCAUCUUACCUCAACUGUGCUAAAUGGAUUGGCUUCACUGUGCAGAUGUACAUGUGCACGGGUGUGUUUCUUUGCUUCCAUGUACUUAAUGUCCUCGUCUCUGCUGGAAUGUGUGUGUCAGAGGCCUUUUUCUUUUCUUUUUUUUUUUUUUUUACUGAGAGCUUCCACUGUGUGGCUUGUUUGGCUGGACUGCUCUUCUCACCUGGUGUAUCUACUCUUUCCAUAACUUUCCAGCAUGAAUGUUGUGUCUUAAGGAGGGGGGCCUUGCCACCUACGACUCGAAAAAAACACGUUAAACGUGUUGUUGACCUUCAAACAUGUCUCAUUGGAAUUUUGGGGGAAAUAACAGUGUUUGGAUUCUGUGUUGCAUGUCCCACCUGUCUACCAAAGUCAUACAGGCACACUUGGCACAAGCACAAAAUAGUUCAAAUCCUGGCUAAGAUUGUAGUAAUUGUCACCGUCUUCGACUGGGUAUCAACUUUAACGGUGCUGGUCAGGCCAGCUUCAGGAACGGCGGAAUAAUAACAGCUUGUGUUGCUGGGGGUUUGUAGGGUGGCUGUGUGUGUUUCACUUCUUCCUCGGCUCUGUGUUGCUGAUGAAUGGAGCUUCAGCUAGAUGUAGAAGUGCCCUUAUCCUGUACCUCACUCUCUCAUUCAGCUUCUGUCUGACAGACUGCGCAGAUUCGUGCUCCAUGCUUGUGCAUUUUUGUUCAUCAUCUCUGCACAUGUUCAUGUUCAGCUGUAACCAGGAUACACACAAACACUGGAGUUCACUCAAGCCGAAGUACCUUUUGUAAUUUCCUCCAGGACUGCUGUUACACAGUGGACUGUUAGAUAGGCGUUUUGAAAGUGAGUUCUGACGAGGUGAGGUUUUUGUUUGGACUGGGGACGAGAGAGCAACCCCCCCCCCCACACACACACACACACACACACAAACACACGCACCCCUUGUUGGAAAACCCCACUGAAUUAACUCAGUCUGUUAAGUUCUGAAGUAUUGCUGUAGCAUUGUUCUCCAGUGGGUGAAACCAUGAACAGUCAAGCCGCUGAAGACGCGUCUGAUUUCUAAUGUUGCUUUAAAGUGAUUUUCUUGUAUGCCUGUUCUGUGUGUGUGUGUGUGUGUGUGUGUGUGUGUAUAUGUAUAUGUAUAUAUAUGUAUAUGUAUGUAUAUAUAUAUAUAUAUAUAUAUAUAUAUAUAUAUAUAUAGACUUUGUCAUGGGUUUUGCUUGCAAUGCAAUUGCAUUUUUUUUAAUAUUACUAACAGUACAGUAUUUUUCUAUGUCUGAGCAAUGAACUUACACAUGCCACUGUCAUUUUGUAUAUCUGCACCUCUGCUCUCUUUAAAUUUGUAGUGCCCUUAUGCAAACACCCAGCCAUUGCUAUUUCUGCUGUAUGUGAUUGAUCUAACGACUUUUGCUACUUUUUGUUGCCCCACAGUGAUGGGUUGAUGGAUUGAUGACUGUGCUGAGCCUCUUUAGGACACAAAUGGAAAAAUGGUAGACGUAAGAUUGGACUUUCUGCUUUCAUUUUGCUUUUCUUUUUAGAUUUCUUUCCCUCUAGGUUGUACUGUACAAGGACUCCCAAAGCACUGCUAGUCUAAGGGGAGCAGUGUUGAAUCUGCGUUAAACACAGACACAAGUGAACCGUGACCUAUAUGCAAGAGGAAUGACAAAACACACUACUGCUGUACAGGGAGGUUUUCUUUCAGUUUUCAUAUGUGAAAUCACUGAGAUGACAAAACUAGCAUCAUUGGUUCUGUAUUUUUAUUUUAAGCUUGAUAAUAUCCUAAAUGUCACCCUGGUCAGUUUUGUCUUUUUUUUUUUUUUUUUUUUUUUCAUUGGACAGUUGUAAUAUUUGCCAGUUGUGGUCUGUGUAGUCAAAAUAAUUCUUUAUGUAGUGCAGGAAAACGCGUCUUAAAGUCAUUUGUAAUUUAUUGGAUUACUUUCUAUGAAGUUCUAUAGAGGAAAUUGAGGUUUAAUUAUUUUUAUUAAACAUAUUCUUCUGA